AUGCAAUCCGCAUGUCUUGGUCAAAUCAACAAUCGACUGUUUUCAGUCAAUUAUAAUAAAAAGGACGAUACUACUAAUCCAACAACUACCGUACAAUCCUAUGACAUUGCAGACACUUCCAAUCCAGCACAAUCCACAAACACGGUCAAUUUGCUGACUACCGCUAAUGACGAGAUUUAUGAACCUGUUUGUGCUUUUGAUCCCUCAAGAUCUGAAUUCUAUGUACUAGGAAAAAACGCAGACAAAGUUUCUCAGGUCGUAAAUGUUUUUAAUGUGGCUGCAGAUGGUCUGUCUCUUGGAUACUCUUGGCAAAUCCGUCUUGGGAAUACAAUCAAAGACAAGAUUGUAUCUGUAGUUCCUUUUGAUUUCCAAGAUGCAUCACAAUGCGUUGCGCUCCUGGACAUCAAUGGAUCCAUCUAUUCGACCUGUCGAAACCUCAAUGGACUUGUCUCUCGAUUUCCUUAUCAAAGUAUCGGCAGUUCAAUCGACACCACAAGACUUGCCCGGAUUUCCAAUCAAGGUGGAACUGCUGGAUACAACAUAUUGCAGUUUGGAUACACUGCCUCGACUAUAAUCGAAUUCAACACUAGCAAUGCACGCAGCAACACCACCUCGUCUAUUGCUGUUAGCUACCAUAAACUUGCAACCGAUCUAUCGAAUCCUGUUCAAGCCUACGAAAUAACCAAAGAUUCUCGAAACCUUCUCAUAUUGUCUAAAAACAGCAUUGAACUCUUUUAUGUUAAUGUUCCCGUUGGACAAGCCACUCAACUGGUAUCUGCUAAUCCAGAUGCCCAACCUACUAUCUUUGGCAGUCCCGUUGGUGUCCCAACCCAAUUACCAAAUGUAACAACUAUUUCUAGUCUCUCUGACAGGAAAACCCGGACUCCAACUCCAACUUCUAAAAAACCCAGCAAUAGUGUCAACAAUGAGACGGAAGAAUACACCGAUCGUCCUGAGCCAACAAUAAUAUCACUAUUAACAUCUCUGGCUUCGCAGGAAAAACGAAAGAUUAAAAGAAGAGCAAAGAGAGACGUUACACCUGCACCACAGGCGAGCGCUAGCUCUGAUCCGAGUAAUCUGGUUCCUAAUCGAGUCGGCUUACCGUCUUCAUUAAACGAUUGGAACAGUAUCUCAAUCUUUCGCUCUAUUCCUGGAGUUGAUGACAACAGUGGCACUUUGCUGAUCGGUGGCUACAAUGGAGAGGGCCAGUUCAGUGUCUUGUCCGAGGCGAUAGGAAGUCUGGAGUAUCCAUACAGUCCACCGGGAUCCGCAGGUUCUAACGGACCCACAGGCCCGUCAUCCAAGGCAGGUCCGAUUGCCGGUGGUGUGGUUGGUGGUGUACUAGCCUUGGCGCUCCUGAUUUUUCUGUUUAUGUGGUGCCGCCGAAAGAACAGAAGAAGAAAGCACUCUACAGUUUCCACUCGCAGUCCUGUCAUGGAGGAACUACCCACCACGUUGUUCCACAACAAGACAAAAUACAACGAAGACCGAAGCCUCUACAUCCGAAUGGAUAUACCUUAUGGUAUGCUCGAGCGCUAUGAGCCAGACGCCCUUAAUGGUGCUUCGAUUCUGGACCCCUAUGUUCUCUCGAAUGAUACUUUUGACGGCAGCAUCAACGAAAACCGAAUUCCAAACUAUGCAACUCGAACCUGUAUGGACAGCAAGAACGGUACGAGAGAGCACCCGAAGCUCUACACAAUCCAUUACUUUACGACUGCCAAUUAUAGUGCGUUUGUGCAGUCUAUUCGUGUGGCCAAAGCCUUGGCUAGUUCCCCACAUGCUGUCAAACAUAUCAUAGCCUUUGACAUUCAGACUCCUACAGCGAAUUACGGUUACAGAUACUAUUGGGUGUCCUCCCUUUGUACAGCAAGCCAGACUCUUCUUCGAAUGCUCACCCAUGAUCCCAACCGAGACAGUUUCUAUGAAGAUUUCGUUUCAGACUUUGAUUUCAAGACCUGGUCAACUCUGUCUAUCCUGAGUGCCUUGGCUGACAUGCACACGCACCGCUACGUCCAUCUUGGUUUGAGUCUGGAAAGCUUUGUUUAUCAGGCAGCUGAUUCGAUUACUGACUGGAGGGUCUGCUGCUUUGAUCAGAGUCUCGAGGCCGGGACAUACAAUUCGACUGGCGUUGUGCUUAACUCGAUGAGUGCACCCGAACUGUUCAAGAAUGCGAUCUUGCGAGAAAAUGGACACUACAAAGUCAGUAGAUUACAGGCCAAUCCGGCUGUCGAUCUCUGGUCCGUGGGCUGUAUUAUCUACCAGCUAGCAGCCAGACGUCCGCUCUUCAAAGACAGUACCGAGGCCAACAAGAUCUUGCAACAGGACGAAGAGCAGAUCAAUGCAUGGCUGACAAAGGCAUUUUUGCAUAUAUCGUCAUCAUCUCAUACCGAUGGCAAAAGACUAGCAGACGCUUUUGUACCCCUCUUAGUACGCUUGUUGGUAGUUGACCCGGCGCACAGAGUAAGCGCCAGAGAAAUUUCAGAAUCUUGGAGAGAGGAAUACCAGCUUAAUGAAGACCAUGAUUCUGAGUAAAACACACACACACGCAGAAGUACAUCAAAUAUGUAUAUAUAUAUAUAUAUAUAUUAUCUGUAGCUUGAUUUUUUUGUAUAAUUGGUAUUCUUGUUACCCUUGCCUUUGCUGUUACUGCUUUUAUCACUAUUAAUACUACUAUUAAAAAAGGAAUAAUUAAGAAGACGAAGGAAGACCAAAAGUAUUGCUGUAAAAUAUAAUAAUAAUAAUAAAUCCCAUCAAGACCGUG